CCGGCUCGCGCCCAAUAGAAUACACCGACCCGGCGACGCCGCAAGGAGGACACCCUCCCGUCCACGCGACGACCGAGGGACACCCACCCCAGCACCACCGCCAAGGCCCAAAGCCGGCCAACCCAAUUCCGACGCCAUGGCCGACGACGAAGACGCCGCCGUCCUCUCCGACGUCGACGAGGACCCCCUCCCACCCCCCUCCACCUCUUCCGCCUCCUCCCACAAAACCCUACCGCAAGCCCAACAACCCCAGCCACAGUCCGAUGCCCAGGCGCAGCAGCAGCAGCAGCGGCUGCUCGACCUGGCCGCGGAGCUCGAGGAGGAGCGCCGCCUCCGCCGCGUGGCCGAGGCCUCCCUCGCGGAGGCCGAGUCCCGCGUCGCCCGCUUCAAGGCCUUCGCGCAGGACGUGCUCCGCAAGCGGGAUGAACUCACCGCCGAGGCCGCGGCCUCCGCGCGGUCCGUCGCCGCGCUCCAGGCCGAGGCCGCCGCCUCCGCGCGGUCGCUCGCUGCGCUCCAGGCGGAAUCCGCCGCCUCCGCGCGGUCCCUCGCCGCGCUCCAGGCCGAGGCCACCACCGCCUCCUCCAUGCUCUCCUCAGGCUUCGAGAGGAUCUCCGCCAAGGCCUCCCCUUCCUCGGCCCCCGCCGCGCCGCUCCCGACCUCCCAGAAGUACUCCUCCGGCCUCCCGGCGCUCGCGUACGGCGUCCUCAAGCGCGCCAACGACAUCGUCGACGACCUCCUCGCCCAGAUCGACGCCGCUAACCGCGACCGCGAUCGCGCACGGGAGCAGAUGGAACACCGCAACUACCAGAUCGCCAUCGAGGUCUCUGAGCUCGAGGCGUCGCUCGCGUCCAGGUCUGCCGAGGGCGAAUCCCUCUCCAAGUCCCUCUCCCAGCGGGAAGCCGAGAUCUCCGAGCUCCGUGACAAAAUCACCGCUCUCGAGGGGAAGCUCGACGCGCAGAGGCCCGUGCUCGCGGAGCAGAUCGGAUGCACCUCCAAGCUGUACCACGAGAUGCGGGAGGUGGUCAAGCUGGUCGAUGCCGAAGCUGCCAGUGCCCUGUCGGACUCGGUUUUUGUCUGGAAGGAGACUGACGUCGAGGAGAGCCUCAAGGUGUCUCUGGAAGGCACGAAAUUGGCAUAUGAGCUUGCGGCAAUGGCCCUGGAGAAGGUCGGGGCUUGUAUCGAUGACAAGGAGAGCAAGAUGAGGCGUUUGGAGGACAGGGUGGGUGAACUGAUUAAAGAGAAGGAGCACAUUGGUGUGCUGCUCCGGAGCGCGCUGCAGGCGACCACCAGUGAGGUGUUAAAGGUUGCAGAGGAUGGACUUAGGGAAGCUGGCAUUGAGAUUGGACUUGACGAGAGAAAGGAGCACAGGCCAGGGAGUCUGCAGAAGGAUGAGGUCUAUACCCUGGCAGGGGCUCUCGAGAAUACCAUGAAGGAGUCUCAGGUCAAGAUUGUUGAGCUCCAACAUCUUGUCGAAGCACUAAGGGCGGAGUCUGGUUUACUUAGAACAAGGCUAGAAGGGCAAGAAAAGGAGAUUGGUCAGCUAAGAAAGCAAAUAAAGCAUCUUGAAGAGAAGGAAAGGGUGGCAAAUGAAAGCGUUGAGGGUCUGAUGAUGGACGUGACAGCUGCUGAAGAGGAGAUUAAACGGUGGAAGAUGGCAGCAGAGGAGGAAGCUGAAGCUGGUAGAUCAAUUGAGGAAGAGUUCCAAACUCAGAUAUCAUCCCUUCACAAGGAGUUAGGCGAAGCAAAGCAAGCUAUGGUGGAGCUAGAAAACAAGCUGAAGUUCAAGGAAGAGACAGCAGCUGCUGCAAUGGCGGCACGUGAUGCUGCAGAGAAGUCUCUAAAGCUAGCAGAUAUGCGAUCGUCCAGACUACGAGAGAGGCUGGAGGAGCUUAACAGACAGCUCGAAGAAUCAGAUAAUAGUAUUGACUCGGUAAAUCGCAAUGGCCAUAGGUACAUGUGCUGGCCUUGGCAGUGGUUGGGACUAAACUACGUGCGGUUACCUCCAGUGGAGACAGAUCAAACGUCCAAUGAGAUGGAGCUAUCUGAACCCCUAAUAAUAUAGGCCCUCCAUAUUUAUACAGAUUGCAGAUAUAUACAGAUCCUGCUUUUUCACUAGAAGUGGGACAGUAGAAUUUUGUUUUCGGUUUGCGUUCUUAUGUAGAUGUUUUCCCAAUUUGUUGAUGCAUGUUUUGUGGAAAACUGACUGGUGCUGGAAGGCACCGUGUAAUUGUAAAAGUACCACUUGGGAUAUAGUAGUGAAGAUGUUGAGAAGUCCAUUCUUUGACAAGAUUGUUCCGUUUUAAGAUGAAACAGAUCUCACUUGA